CCUCCACACUGAUCAGCUAAACCUGCUGCUCCUCCGCACUGAGCAGCUCUGCUAACAGACAGCAGUAAAUCACCAGCCAAUCAGGGAAUGCGGCCAGCAGCCAAUCAAAUCGCCUCCCUCGGUGCUGUACCUGGCCAGGUGCAGUUAGUGCUACCCCUGAAGUAGGAACCACGGUCUGAACAGCCGGGCAGAACCGCUCCGGAUCUGGUGCAGAACCGGUUAGAGGCAGCCUGUGGAGAGUCAGUGGAACCAGCCGGGGUUAUUCCUCCUGCUUGCUUGUUUUUCUGUGACUUUAGGUGUGGUAAUCCCACACGUUUAGAUUCUCAGUCUGAAUUUCUUGUUUUCUCGUCUGUCUUGAAUCUCUGAGCUGUAACUGUGGUUCUGUAGAGCCGGGUCAGGUGAUCCAGGAACUGCCAGGAGUUUUCAGUGUUCUAGACGUUUCCAGCUGGUCGAUGCUGAAGACGCGCCGAUCGGCGCUGCAGCGGCUCUGGUUGACUCUUGACCUUGGCGCCGGAGCGUCGGCCCCCAGCCGGUCUCUGGGUCUUUCUGAAGGUUGUCUCUGCUUCGUUGUGUCUCAGCAGAACGCCGAGCUUCUUCCGGAGAAGAGGAGUUUCAGCCUUUCGGCCGCUUGGCUUGAGGUCAUGGCUCAGCAGGCCAACGGAGCCCAGACCCCGUUCUCCGUGGGGCGGGGGCUCAACUUUAACAUGGCCGAGCAGGCUCCCGGCCGCCAGAUGGGGGGCGGGGCCUCGGGCGUUGGGAUGGGCGGGAUGGAGGGCCUGGAUGGCGGCGGUGGCCAGAUGACCCGGCGCGGCGGCGGCGAUGGGCCUCUUGGGCGCCACAUGAAGCUGUUCUCCAGUCUGGGCCUGUCGCCCUCUGACCUGGACGCUCUGGCCCAGAUCCCUGACGAGGACAUCACCAUGGAAACGCUGCCCCGCAUCCUGAUGCAGCUGAAGAGCCGCAAGGGGGCGGCAGGAGACCGUGGGGCGGCGGCCUCAGAAGCAGCUUUCCGCGGAGGACGGGACGGCUGGGACCCGUCUCCGGGUCAGGCUCGGAACCAGUCCUCCGGAGACUUUGGCUUCGGCUCCAUGCGGGACGGCUACGGCUCCGGCUCGGGGUCGGGGUCCGGCUACGGCAUGGGGGCGUCGUCAGACCCCCUGUUCAUGCAGAGGAGGAUGGGCGCGCCUUCCAGCGGGAAGAUCCAGGACUUCCUGGGGGUCGCGCCCCCCAUGUUCCCCCACGUGUGCUCUCUUUGUGACUUUGACGUUCAUUCCUCCAUGGAGUGGAACCAUCACACAGCCGGCCUGCGCCAUGCGGAGAACCGACGCCGCCUGCUGGACAUGUAUCCAGACUGGGAGCCUGGCAGGAGGGACGGCCCCAACCUGUCCGCGGGCCUGCUGGGACCGCCGCCCAUGUCCUCCGGACCGCUAGGCGGGAUGUCCUCCAGCUGGGGAGGCCGCGGCCGCUCCGAGCUCCCCAUGGGCCAGAACACGCUCCGCAGCAGGGUGGUGGUGGUGAAGUACGACAGGAAGCCUCUGAGCAACAAGACGCUGUUCGCCUUCACCGAGACGUUCGGCCGCCUGCGGGAGCACCUCAUCCUGUCCAACAAGGCCUUCCUGGAGAUGGAGAGCCACGAGGCGGCGGCCAACAUGGUGGCCUUCUUCAAGCAGCAUCCCGCCAAGCUGUAUGGGAAGCCCGUCACCUUCUACCUGUCCCAGAGGCUCAUGGUUAUCGAGAAGUCCCACCGGGGCGCGGACCCGGCGGCGGACCGGCCCUCCAGGGAUGUGGUCGGCCACGGCAGCAAGGUGGUGUUCUUCGCCAACCUGCCCAAAGACGACGAUCAGAAGAAGGAGCUGCUGACCAUCGCCAGACGCUUCGGCGCCGUGGAUAAGCACCUGUUCCUCACUGACCAGGCGUUCGUCCAGCUGGGAACCGUGGAGGACGCAGAGAUGCUGGUCAAGUACUACAGCAUGAACCCGCUCAUCAUCAAAGGACGGCUCAUCCGCCUCAACAUCUGCACCAAGUACAAAACCCUGAAUGUGAGCCACAGGCAGGAGGAAAAAGAUGCUCAGAGCCGGAGGAGCAGCCGGUCGGACGCCUCCAGGACCUCCAGGGAGACCUCCUCCAGGAGCAGAGAGGAGAAGAAGAAGAAGGACGACAAGGAGAAAUCUGCAGCGCCGGAGAGCAAAGAAGAAGAACCAUCAGAGAAGAAGAGAGGCGAAGAAGAGGAGGGAGCAGGAGAAGUCUCAGAUCAGGAGGAGGCAGAGAGAGCAGAGCCUGAGAAGGAAGAGCAGGAGGAGCGACACCAGGAGGAGGAUUCUAGUGAUGAUGACAUCACAGAGGGCGGGGCUAAGAAGGAGGCUGGAGUUUCUGCAGAGGAUCCAGAAACCAAAGAAGAAGAGAGCGCUGAAGCACCAGAUGAAGGAGACGAGUUUGACCAGAGCUUCCUAGAGAACAUGGAGGACUUUGUGACCCUGGACGAGUUGGAUGAAGACGAGGGCGACGAGGGCGACGACGGCAUCGACAACACGAGGAAAGGGGGCAUGAGGGUGGUCAACAUCCUGGGCUUCAGGCGCGGCUACAACUACCGCAACGAGAUGCUGGCGCUGGCCAAGCCGUUCGGGAAGGUGGUCAAACAUCUGGUUCUGGAUCUGAGACCCGAGGCCUACAUCCAGUUUGAGACGGAGGCUGAAGCCGUCAACAUGGCUAAGUUCUACAACGGCAACGUGACGGCGACGGUUUGCGGCCGGCCGGUCAGGAUCACUCACUCCCUGAGCUACCCCACCAUCCAGUGUGGAUCCGGCAGAGUCGUCUACAUCGGCCAGAUUCCCAACAUCCGCUUCUCCGAUGAGGAGAUCCUGGCGCUGGCCGAGCCGUACGGAAACAUCCGGAAGUACUUCCUGCACCGGCUCAAGAGAGAGGUACCGACCUGGUCCUGGUUCUGGUCCUGGUCCUGGUCCUGGUCCUCCAGGGGCCCCUUGGCCUGCAGGGGCCCCGAGUCACAGCAGCUCGUCUCUUCCAGCCAUCAGUACCCGGCGCCGUCCAAGAGGGACAAGAGUCCGGAGCGGAGCGGCCGCGGCGCCGAGGAGCCACCGGCCAAGAAGCAGAAACAGGAGGAAGAGGAGGACCGCGAGGAUGAGGAGGAGGAAGAGGAGGAGAAGGAGGCCAAGGCCGGGGAGACGGAGGAGGAAGAGGAGGAGGAGCAGGAGGCGGGGCCAAGCUGUGACAUCACUGAAGGCGCCACAGUGGAGACAAAAGACUCGGCUGAGAAACUUCCAGAAAGUUCAGACGAUACGAAACCAGAGGAGGACAUGGAGACGUCGACCAAUCAGUACGGACAGGCAGAGGCCCCGCCCCCUGCUGAGCCCAGCGUGGCGGCUCUCCCGCCCUACGACCCCGACAACCCCGUCGGUGUGGAGCAUGUGAAGAUGGGAUACUACUGCCGCCUCUGCUUCCUGUUUUACUCAAACGAGGAAAAAGCCAAGAAGGCGCAUUGCAGCAGCCAGGUGCACUACGACAAGCUGCAGAAACACCUGGAGAAGGAACGGGCCAAAGCACAGAAGAAGAAGCUGAAGAAGACGGUGGCCUGAAAACACCUGAAGAAGAGUUUCAUGUUUUUUGUUUUUGUUUUAGAUGUUUGCCGACCCGACCCGCCAGAACAUUUUACACAAUAAAUUGGUUCCUCAGAA